AUGGCGGCGCAGACCAAGAACGACCUCGCCGCCUUCCUUCGCAGCUACGACACCGACGGGUCGGGCAGCUUCGACCGCGACAGAUGGCUCCACCUCUGCACAAGCGCCAAGAUUAAUCUGCCCCAGGAGAGCGCCGCAGACCUGUUCGAUCGACUUGACACCGACAGGAACGGGAUUGUCACCAUCGCCGAGUUACUGGACAGCCUUAGUGAGUGGCAGAAGUCCCUCGGCGAGUCGGGUGCUGAGGCGCUUGGUGGCAUUGAGACGGGUAUGCCCGUAGAUGUCGAAAGAUUCGCCGGACCCAGUUCAACAUCAUUCCGUAAUAUGAAGGACAAACGCAUGGACAGUCUUUACGAGUCCUCGCCGAACGAACUUGAUGUCGAUUUUGGGAAGAGUGUAGAGGAGGCCACCCGGCUGAGUAAGAUGAUCAGUGACUCCUAUCCGGAAUUAGCGGCGUCGUUUCGGCACCUCUUGGAGACAUUUAAGAAGGACAUUGCCAUCAAGAAAAACGAGCAUGCAGACCUCGAGGAAAGCUAUCAGAGGCAAGUCUGUUCUUUUUACGAACUGGCCAUUAACCAGCUCUCCUUCCUCCUUGGGCUAUUGUCAGAAAAACUCGCCCGCAAACAGGACCUGCAGAGGUUGGAAAAGGAACUGGAUUCCCAAAUUCAAAUGGUUGAAGAAAGGUUAAGGACGGAAAUCAGCAAAAAAUACGAAGCUGAGUACACGGAAAAGGUGAGACGAAAAGAGCUUGAAACCCAACGUUUCAGAGAGACCGUCAACGAACUGACGCAGCAAGUUCAAUCAAAUAAGAGGAAACGCUCCAGCAUCACCAACGUGCGUUCAGCGAACAAGUUGGCACCCACGGAGGACGGUGUGUUUGCAUUCGGGGGCUUCAAAAACCGCAUCGGCAACGGGCAUCCUCAGAGCGCUGAGGACUUGAAAGCCCAGGAGGCAUCGGCUGAGUCUGCUCUUCUGAAGGAGGCCAUGGAAUUGCGUAAAAAACUGAUGGAAGCGCAACAGCACCUCAGGGAAAGCGAAGCUGAGUUGACACAGUUAAGAGCCACUGUAGAAACGCAAUCCUCGCAGCUAUACAUGGAGAAAUUGCGGGCGUCGACGUUUAUCGAAGAGAAGGACCUCCUUUAUGAUCAAAUUCAAAAACUCAGGUACAGUCACUUUUCAACCGUAUUUGUCCAUCUUCCCGCUAACACAUUUUGGCAUUUUCGACUGCCAGAGAUGCUCUCCGUGAAGUUCAAGGAAUGCACGCAGCAUUUCAUCCAGAAGAAUGCCUGGAGAGAGCUCCCGACCUCCAGGGUCAAAGCUGGCGGCGAGCGGCACUUUGCAAACGCGGAUCCCGAAGUCGCGAGCACCACAAACUGGUCAAAUUUGGACAGCUACCACGCGCCCGAUCGUAUCUUCCGAGUCGUUAUGGUUGGUGAUUCGUCGGUGGGGAAGACCUGUUUUAUGUACCGUUUCUGUACCGGCGAUUUCUACUACAACGCUCGAGCUACGGUUGGUAUCGACUUCAAAACCAAAAACAUGAUGAUAGAUGGUAACGUCUACACAAUCGAAAUUUGGGACACUGCAGGCCAAGAAAAAUUUCACAGUCUGGCAAGGCAAUAUUUCAGAAAAUGUGACGGUGCCAUUCUCAUGUACGAUGUUUCUAGUCGGGAAUCCUUCCUCGGGGUUAGAGACUGGAUCAGCAUGCUUGAGGUAAGAUUUUCCAAUCAUUGUCCACAUCCUCUAUGGAACACCUCGUCCUUCGGGGUGUUUCUACACCAAAAUUGUAAAUUGAAAAUCGAUAAUCGACUUCGCGAAGCCACCGGGUACAACUUGAGGAAUUUUUUGCCUUUUUUGCAGGAGAACUGUGGGGAGACAUUUCUUCCGCGCGUUGUGGUUGGCAACAAAAUAGAUCUUCGAGAUGGACCGGAAAACUCCAUCAAACCACCAGCGACCGCCUUCAUUACAACACAACAAGGAAAGGAUCUUGCCAAGGUGAUCUUGAACAAUCUUAGUUUAUUUUUCUCAAAUGUCUUUGAAUACAUUGUGCAUUUGGAAGGACUCACCAAAAUCCUCUACAAAGAGGCGGACUAG